ACCUUUGUAUAGACAUAGACAUCCCCAAACACAUCUAACGUAUUUAAAUGCAAAACUUUUCUAACGUAUUCAUUCUGAUAUUCUGUUGACGGAACGUCAAAACCCUAAACCUUCAUCGUCAAAUCGGCUGUUUGCCUCUUCUCGACGACAAUGGCUACUGUACCAGUUAAUCCGAAACCUUUCUUGAACAACUUGACUGGGAAGCCUGUGAUUGUGAAGCUCAAGUGGGGAAUGGAGUACAAAGGUUAUCUUGUCUCUGUUGAUUCAUACAUGAACUUGCAGUUGGCCAACUCUGAAGAAUACAUUGAUGGGCAGUUUACUGGUAACCUUGGAGAGAUCUUAAUCAGAUGUAAUAAUGUUCUGUAUUUACGAGGUGUACCAGAGGAUGAAGAAAUAGAGGAAGCAGAUCGUGAUUAGCAAGCAUGUGGAUAUGGCUCAUGUCUUUUGAUUUAUCUGUUUUAUUAUAAUUUCUUCUGUUUUUGUAUGGAAAUACAUGUAGAUGUUAAUUGUUAUUCUCCAAAUUAAACUCAAUCUAAAAAGCCUCAACUUUUAAUUCCGUGGAAUGUGGAUCCAUCAUCCAUUCUAGACCAUGUUCGGUCUGAAUAUAUCAGAUAAUGUU